AUGGAAGAUCUAGUUCGAAAAUUUCAGUGUCUUUCUCAGGAGUGGAACAAAAAAUGCCACGAUUUGGCUAUAUGCCAAAAAAGACUUGAAGACCUGACGUUGGACUUGACAAAGUUUUGCUAUAUGCCAAAUCAGGAAGCAUCCGCCACUAAGAGGGAACUGCUAAUAGCACGUGACACCCUGGAAAUCGGUGCGAUAUUGUCGCUUGAAAAGCGGGAUAUGCCUGCUUUUGAGCGCUAUAUGUCACAGCUGAAAUGCUACUACUGCGAUUACAAAGCCAAUUUGCCCGAUUCUCCGUACAAAUAUGAACUAUUUGGAUUAAAUUUAUUACGACUGUUAGCACAGGGAAGGCUUGCAGAAUUCCACACAGAAGUAGAACGUCUAUCUUCAGAUGAAAUUAACUUGAACCCUUACAUUAAACACCCUCUUUCAAUGGAACAGUACUUGAUGGAGGGAAGCUUCCACAAAGUUUUCCUCUCCAAAGGAAAUGUCCCCUCAGAGCGGUACAACUAUUUCAUCGAUAUUCUUUUGGCUGCUACAAGGGAUGAAGUUGCUUCUUGUAUCGAAGUUGCUUAUGAGGAGCUCUCUGUUGAAGAGGCGACUAAAUCUCUUUUCUUCACCCAACCCGAACAAAUGAAAGCCUUCGCAAAACAACGUCAAUGGACUCAAGUUGAUGGAAAAUAUAUAUUUGCAAAGACGAAGCAAACAGAACACGCGUUACAUGCUGAAGACCUCACAAAAAUACUCCUCCACUAUACUCACGAACUGGAACAAAUUAUAUAA